GGGAGCUUCGGCUUCAGGAGGGCGGCAGUUGCGUGGUGUGGAUAACGUGAGUUAUGGCGUUGAGGUCCCUGGCAUGCUGGUAUUUGCGGGCUGGGAUCCUUGGAGAUAACACAGAGCAUGGAUGAUGACCCUCUACUUGAUGCACCACUUCUUCCACCCCAUAUGUUACAUUCCAGGCUACAUCCAGAGUUCCAUGCUAUACCUACAGUCUUCAUUGCCAAUGUUUUGUUGUUUUUGCAUGUUGCUUUUGUUGUGUUGGCAUUUGUGACAGGGAUGGUUUGCUCUUACGCUGAUUCAAGUGAAGAUACGUGCCCCGAAAACUACACUUAUCCCUUUAAAGUGCAGACUAUUAUAGUGAUUGCCAAGGUAAUUCUCUGGAUUCUUCAUCUGUUCCUGGAACGAUACAUUCACGUUCAACACAGCAAAGUCAGAAGCAAAGGUUACCUCCACAUCUACCGAACCACAAGACAUCUUAAAAGGCUUCCCCUGCUAAUUCAGUCAACAGGAAAUGUGGCUUUACUGCUGAUAAUGUCACUGCAACAUUCAUUUCCUAAUCACAAUAAAAUGUAUCUCUGCUUCAUCCUGGGAAUCUUGGGUGUGGAAUUGAUAUGUUCAUUGAUAUGUCUGGUUGUCUACACAGUGAAGGUAAGCAACUUUAAUCAAGCAAAGUCAAGACCUGAUAUAAUAGAAGAGGAGAAGAUAUAUUCUUAUCCUAAUCAAGUUACCUCAGAAGUUGGAUUCAGAGAAACCUCAAGUUUGGAAGAAGUAGUUGAAAAACAAGGUGAUGUGAUUGAAUACCUUCGGCGGCACAAUGCCCUGCUUAGCAAGAGACUGUUGGCAUUAACAUCUGAGCAGAACAGAAGCUAGAGGUGGCCAAGGCAGCAAUGCAGAAGAAAAGCAUCUUCAGUAUCGAUUUAUUCUUUGAAAUGCAUCUUAUGCAAGUUGUAUUGCAAAACUCCAGUCCAGAUUUUGAAUAGCAGUUGGGCCACUCCUGGCUCACUGCAAAAGCUUGUUGUUGUUUAAAAGGACACAUACUUUUAAGUGUUUUUUUCUCCUAAAAUUUUUGCAGUGCAGGAAGCAGGCAUUAGAUAGGGAAAAUCUCUCUCUGUCAGUUGCAGAUUGUUCUUCCAAAGUGCCAAAGAUUUUUAUGAUAGUUCAGGAUUCAGUUAUUUUCAAAGCCACUAUAAAGUAAACAUCCUCAUUUAAGUGUUAGUGUUCUUUUACAUCUGUAUUAUCAGUUGAACCACUGGAUACAUUUCUUGAAGAAAUUAAGGACUGUUAGUAACUCUGCUUCAUCAGAGGUGAAUGAAGUUGCUAUGAGAAUAGUGAAGAAUCAUCUGGAAAACUGCUUAAUAUCUUGCGAUUCCAUUUGUACAAGUAUGGUGAUGGCACAACAGAAUCUUGAAUGCAGGGGAACAUCUGAAAGAGGAAGAUGAUGAUAUCCUACAUAAACUGGAAGGAUUAUGUGGGUAUAAUACAGGAAAUAACAGUUAAGCCUUUUAAAAUCACGGAUAUCAAAAUGAGGUUAAUGUUGCCUUUCUGGCUUGCUUACAUGUGUGGGCCAACAUCUUAGUCAAAUGAACAAGAAAGGGAAAGUGUGUGUGAAUGUAUUUUUAAAAUAUGUGGGUAUUAACAAGCUGCAUGUAAGUCUUUAUAUCCUAAGGGUUAAUGGUGAGUUAUUGCUUAUAAUGUGAACAAACAUUAGUAUCUGGCUUUUAAGUUGUUCUUCUGAAGAGCUGCUACUUUAUUUUGAAAAGUUACUUCUUUAAGCCCUGCAUAUGGAAUGUUUAAGUGAAAUCUACCCCCCUCCCCCCUUAAACUUGUCACAAUUGUUGAAGAUACUCAAGCCUAUUAUGCUUAGUGAUUCCUUUUUACUCCCCCUAAAAGCUGUAGCAAUCUCAGCUUUCCCAAAAUAUAUAGAUAAAAAUGUGUAGAUCCUAUUGAACUCAGUGAAAAUUAGUUGCUGGGAUCUGCCGGCUAUAAAGUUUUAAGUUUCUGUUUCACUGUAAACAGACAAUUGCCUGCUUUGCUGCCGAUGAAGACUAAUUUUUGUGGACUCUGUAGUCAGUAUUUCUACAGAAAGGCAAACUUUUAAACAAAUUGGAUAAUUCUGUGACCUUUUCUAGGGAAGAACAAAAGUACACCAUCCUACUAUACAUUAUGCAGACUAAUUGUUGACCCACUGUUCACUGAAAUAUACGUAUGUGUGUAUAUUGUAUAAAAUAACAUAAUAUUGCAAUUGGCUGCUUCUAACACUAAUACAUUCAUGUCUUUUAGGCUGUGUAUUAAGCACAGGUAGGAUUUUACAUGGAAGAUGAGCUUUCCUUUUAAAGGAUACUCAGGUUUCAAUGUAGUUUGUAUGUAAUGUGUUCUAUAUUUUGUACUAAAUGUGAUAAUAAAUGCAACAAGUCCUAA